CUUUGUCUGCUCAACAAGUCGAAGUCUUUGCAUGUCCCAAAGGAUGAGGUAUCUACUACCACCCAGUCACACAAGUCUGCCUAGUGGGCUUUGUGUGCUUUAUGUGCCCGGGCAUGUUUAACGCCCUUACCGGUCUUGGCGCUGGCGGUCAAGUCGAUGCAACUAGCAGCGCAAACGCGAAUGCUACUUACUAUAUGCUACCUUUGCUUUCUUUCUAGCUCGGUGCAUAACGUGCUUGGACCUAGACUCUACUUAUUUCUCGGAACGUGUGGAUAUCCUCUACAUCGACUCACAAGGUUGAAUAGUACGACGAACAUUCAUCCCGAUGCAAGUCACUUUGCCGUCACCGCCGGAACUAUCUCAGGUGUCUGUGCAGCCUUGUUAUGGACGGCCCAAGGAUCCUUGAUGAUGGCAUACCCGACCGAAGCUCAGAAGGGGACCUUUAUUGGUUACUUCUGGGUUAUCUUUAACUUAGGAGGUGUCGUCGGCUCCGUGGAGGCCUUCGGGUUGAACUUCUACUCGACGGUAAAGUCUCAAACGCGAAUGCUACUUACUAUAUGCUACCUUUGCUUUCUUUGCAUUUUUUUCUGGCCCGGUGCAUAACGUGCUUGGACCUAGACUCUGCUUAUUUCUCGGAACGUGUGGAUAUCCUCUGUACAUCGACUC